AUGAUCCCAGUAAUGUGGCUGGUGAUGCUGCUUCCUGAAGUGGUUCACUCCGCUCAGGGUCACUACGCCCACAAGCUUCUGAAUGACCUGAUGGAGAACUACUCCAGCGCCCUGCGGCCGGUGGAGGACACGGACAGAGCGCUCAACGUCACCUUACAGAUCACCCUGUCUCAGAUCAAAGACAUGGAUGAGAGGAACCAGGUUCUGAUCGCCUACCUGUGGAUUAGGCAGACUUGGUAUGAUGCUUAUCUGCGAUGGAACAAAGAGGACUACGAUGGACUGGAAGUCAUCCACAUCCCCAGCAGCCUGGUGUGGAGGCCCGACCUCGUCCUCUAUAACAAAGCUGACGAUGACUUCUCAGGGCCGAUGGACACCAACGUGAGACUGCGAUACAAUGGAGAGAUAACCUGGGAUGCUCCCGCCAUCACCAAGAGCUCCUGUGUGGUCGACGUCUCCUACUUCCCCUUCGACAGCCAGGAAUGUAACCUGACCUUCGGUUCCUGGACGUACAACGGUAACCAGGUAGACAUCAUUAUGGGCAUGGACAGCGGGGACCUGUCGGACUUUGUGGAAAACGUGGAAUGGGAGUGCCACGGGAUGCCGGCCACCAAGAGUGUCAUCAUGUACGGCUGCUGCUCCGACCCAUAUCCGGACAUCACGUACACCGUGCUCCUGCAGCGCCGCUCCUCCUUCUACAUCUUCAACCUCCUCCUCCCCUGCUUCCUCAUCUCCUUCCUGGCUCCUCUGGGGUUCUACCUGCCCGCCGACUCCGGGGAGAAGGUCUCCCUCGGAGUGACGGUUCUCUUGGCUCUCACUGUGUUUCAGCUGAUGGUGGCUGAGAGCAUGCCUCCAUCAGAGAGUGUGCCGCUUAUCGGGAAGUACUAUAUUGCCACAAUGACCAUGGUCACAGCCUCCACAUCUCUCACCAUCUUCAUCAUGAACAUACACUUCUGUGGUGCCGAGGCCAAACCAGUCCCCCACUGGGCAAAAGUCCUUAUCAUUGACUACAUGUCCAAGAUCUUCUGUGUUUAUGAGGUGGGAGAGAACUGUGCCUCGGCCUCCACCUCCUCUUCCUCUUCGUCCUUUCACUCGCCGCAGGAGGACAUCCGGCACCAGCACCUCAGCUCCCACGCUCAUGCAAACGGAAAACCGGGGAGCCACAGUCACAGAGAGGAUCGACACAAUCAGAAACACCCGAGGCCCCAGACCCCGAAACCACAGCACCACCCCAGAGUGAAAGCUCAGCACCACAUCACGAGAGACGAGAGGAGCGAGAGGAGCAACCUCUCUGGAUUUGCACCUGGGAAGUACGAUGGCUCCAAUGGUAAGCUCCCCACAGGAAGCUGCUGUAAAGGCGACCAGACUGUGCCCUGCUGCCCCGAGGACAAGAAGCCUCUGCCUCAAGGCCCCUCUGUAACCUUUGGCCCCUGCGUGUUCUGCAGCCAUGGCAGUGGUAUCCCUGGUGUGGACACCAAGCUGGUGAGGAAUGUUGAGUAUAUCGCCAACUGCUUCCGAGAGCAGAGGGCCACCUGCGCCAAGGGGGCCGAAUGGAAGAAGAUCGCUAAGGUGAUGGACAGGUUCUUCAUGUGGAUCUUCUUCAUCAUGGUUUUCCUCAUGAGCAUCCUCAUCAUCGGCAAGGCACCAUGA